AUGAUAAGAAAAAAAGAGAGAAAAAAAGGUCCUGUUUGGAAACAUUUUUACAGUAUAAGUGAACAUGACGACUCUCAUCCUCAUGUACAAUGUAUAUACUGUUUAAAAGAUUUUCAACGAGCUGUUCCUGAACGAAUGCAAGCACAUCUUGACAAAAAAUGUCCAAGUGCACCGAAUAAUGCAAAAUCACAAUCUGUUCAACAGAAUAAUUCUACAUCAAUAAUUGGCUACACUGAUAACAUAAAUGAAGAAAUUGUAAGAAAAAGAGGAUCUGUUUGGAAAAAUUUUCAUAUAAUCGGUAAAUAUGGGGACUCACACCCUAGUGUACAAUGUAACUAUUGUUCCAAAGAGUUUAAACGAGCUGUUCCUCAACGAAUGCAAACUCAUAUUGAAAAAUGUGAACAAGUUCCGAAUAAUGUAAAAUCAAAAUUGAAACAAUCUAGACAACAAAAUACUAUAAAAAUUAAUAAUAUUAAUGAUUAUAUGAGUGAAGAAGAACAAAAAUCCCUUGAGUCUUUACUAGCCAAAGCUUUAUCUUCAGCUAAAAUUCAAUUUUCUUUUGUUGAUAACCCAUUUGUCAUACAAUUUUUUAACCAUCUUCGACCAUCCUUUAAACUACCAAAUGGAGAAGAAAUAAAAAUACAAAUGAGUCAAACACAAUCUUUAAAUGAUAUAACAUAUCAUCCUGAAUACUGUCAUCAAUUUGAAAUAAAAACUGAAGAUGGAAGUGAUAUUGAUACUGAUACAACGAUUGAUCUUGAAUGUGAAAGUGAAAGUAAAAAAAGAACGAUAUUUGAAUCUUGUAAAGAAGCAGCUGAAAAAGGUGAUAUCAAAUCAAUUUUUAAACUUGGACGUUGUUAUGCUAAUGGAAUAGGAACUGAAAAAAAUGAAAUCAAAGCAUUUGAAUCAUAUAAAGAAGCAGCUGAAAAAGAUCAUGUUGAAUCAAUGUAUAAACUUGGAUGCUGUUAUCAAAAUGGAAUAGGAACCGAAAAAAAUGAAAUUAAAGCAUUUGAAUUAUAUAAAGAAGCAGCUGAAAAAGGUGAUCUUGAUUCAAUUGAUUCAAUGUAUUAUUAUGAUAAACUUGAAUGUUGUUAUACUGAACUUAGACAUUGUUAUGAGAAUGGAAUAGGAACUGAAAAAAGUGAAAUCAAAGCAUUUGAAUUAAAUAAAGAAGCAGCUGAAAAGGGUUUUGUUGAAUCAAUAUAUGAACUUGGAUGUUGUUAUGAGAAUGGAACAGGAACUGAAAAAAAUGAAAUCAAAGCAUUUGAAUUAUAUAAUAAAGCAGCUGAAAAAGGUGAUCUUAAUUCAAUGUAUAAACUUGGAUGUUGUUAUCGAUAUGGAAUAGGAACUGGAAUUAACGUAAUUAAAUCAUUUGAAUAUUAUAACAAAGCAGAAAAGAAGUCUUAG